CUUUUUCGUUGGGUAGUCAACACCGCCAGCCUCACAAUGACGAAGCUCCGAGCAGCCGAGCUGCGUGGCAUGAAAAAGGAGGACCUCGAGAAGAAGCUCGACGAACUCAAAUCGGAAUUGUCCAAUCUUCGCAAUGCUAAGGUCACCGGUGCCAAUGCGUCAAAGGUUGCGAAAAUCCGCAUGACUCGCAAGAACAUCUCUCGUCUGUUGACCAUCAUGACUGAGGUCCAGCGCGAGAAUUUGGUGAAAUUCUACCGCAACAAGAAGCGUGUCCCUCUCGAUCUCCGUCUGAAGAGGACCCGCGCCCAACGUCGUGCUCUCACUCCUUACGAGCAAUCGAUUAAAUCCAGAAAGCAGAGGAGGAGGGAAGCCACCUACCCCAGGAGGAAAUACGCUGUCAAGGCCUGAGAUUGUUCAGCGGAGGGCGUUUGAAUAAAUCGGCGGUGUAUU